AUGAUCCUCAGCGGUGUAAAGCUGCUUCUUCUCCAGGUGUGCCUCCUGCUUUCCGGACGCUCUCUGGCAGCGACUUUGGGCAGUCUUGGCGAUGCCAUGCUGGGUCCAGAGACGUUCAAAAGUGCAGCCAACUUCAGUACAUUCCUUCUGGAUGGUUCAUCGGGGAUGCUCUUUCUGGGCGGCAGGGACACCAUUCUGGCUGUAGACACCAACAACCUGAGCCAACGACCAAAAAUGAUUGUUUGGGAUGUGCCUGAGGACAAGAGGAAGUCUUGUGUGGCGAAGGGGAAGACAGAGGCGGACUGCAAAAACUACAUUCGUCUGUUGGAGUUUCUUGGAGAUGGGCGAAUCUAUGUUUGUGGCACCUACGCCUUUGAUCCACAGUGUGCCUUCCUGGAGCUCUCCUCUUUCAUCCUGGAAAAAGUCGAGGAUGGAGGAGUCCGGAUGGAGACGGGAAAGGGCAAGUGCCCAUUUGAGCCCAGUCAACAUUACACAGCUGUCAUGGCGGGUGGUAUCCUGUACACAGCAGCCACAAGUAACUUUCUGGGAACACUCUUUGACAUCUCCCGGGCAACAGGCCCUGAACAGGAGCGCAUCCGCACUGAGCGAUCCAUCAACUGGCUCAGUGACCCAGAGUUUGUCAGCUCAGCCUUUAUAGAGAAGUCUGCAGACAGCAACCCGACAGGGGACGACGACAAAAUCUACUUCUUCUUCACUGAGAUGGCCAAAGAGUAUGAUUUAUACACCAAAGUUAAAGUGCCACGGGUGGCGCGGGUCUGCAAGUCUGAUGUCGGGGGCAUGAAGACUCUGCAAAGACGCUGGACCACUUUUCUCAAGGCCCAACUCGUCUGUGAGGACAAACCAAGUGGUCAGCGCUAUAACAUCUUAACAGAUGUUUUCACUCUGCAACACACUCCAGGCGACCCUGGCAGCACACACUUCUAUGGACUGUUCACCUCCCAGUGGGAGCCUGAGGAGGUGUCGGCUGUGUGUGUGUUCAGUCUGGCUGACAUCAGUAAAGUGUUGGAUGGCCCCUUUAAAGAGUUAAGAAAGACUUGCGAGAACUGGAUCAACCCUGAACCUGUCCCUACACCAAGGCCUGGCCAAUGUUUAAACAGUGAAUUAAAAGCUCAAGGAUUUGAAUCCUCCUUGAAACUUCCUGACAAAGUGCUGACGUUUGUGAGAGACCACCCUCUGAUGGAGAACAGUGUGACUGCGGCACCCCUGCUGGUCCGGAAGGGGAUCAGGUACACCAAGCUUGCUGUGACCCUGACGGCCAGUGGAGGGGAGCAGAGGGGGGCAGUGCUACAUCUUGGAACAGGCCAUGGGGAACUCCACAGGGUGGCAGUAGUAGGCCAGAACGCCACUCUACUGCAGGAGCUUCCUCUGUUUACCUCACAGGAACCCGUCAACAAUAUUCUACUGCACCAGGGCCGGGCUCUGGUGGGCAGUCCAUUGUCUCUGGCUCGUAUCCAGGCAGAAGGCUGUGCUCUGUAUUCCAGCUGUGAAGUGUGUGCCAGAGCCAGAGGAAUAGGCUGUGUGUGGAGCACGACGGAGGGAACCUGCCAGCUAAAUGAAGCAGACCCUGGUCCAGGUGAUGUGGUGGAUGAUGCCUUGAAAAAGUGUGAUGCUCAAGAAGGGCGUUGCCGUCCAUCUAUCAGAGAGUUGCGAGUCUCUUUGGGCCUGCGCCUCUUGUUGCCGUGCGUCCAGCUGUCUCCAAGGCCCUGCCACUGGGACCAUCCUCUCCACAGACACACCAAGCAACACCAGUCCGAUUUGGAGGUGACUGUUACAGAGGACAGCCUUGGAAAAUACGUUUGCACAUGCCAGGAGGGGGGACCAGACAUCAGAGACCCGACCCCGUGUUCCCGAGCAGCCUAUUACCUGACACUAGAAGACCCCAGUGCAGGAGGAGCAGUUGCAAUAUCAGGAGGCCGUCAGGUGCUGGCCAUAUACAUCCUUUUCUUCAUGGGAGGUUUCCUGUUUGGGGUAGGCCUCCUAUACUUCGUAACCCAAAGACGAAGUACAGUCCGCCAGGGCCACCAAAUGCCCGACAAUUCGCUGUCUUCAGAGAAGGGGCGCGACCUGCUCGGAUCCUCAACCACUCCCCAGUCCCCUAGCAGUGCCAGCCUUCUGUCUGAUGGAUUCCGGCUGAUGGAAAAACGAAAUGGAACAACAACUUCAACCACGACGACAACACUCCUCAGUAACCAGGGAAACGGUGGUCCCCAUGGAAACAGUUACAGCGGUGCCGUGAUAAACAGUAACGGCAGCAAUGGCCAUGGAAAUUCACUUUAUGGCAAUUGCAACACAAGCAGCAGUGGGCUGAAGCUCGCUUCGGAAAUUUUAGUCGCAGAUAUGCUGGAUGGAAGGACGGAGGAGCGGGCGGCCACUGAAGGGGCAGAAAGAGAGCUGGGGGGGAAGGACGAGGUGGAUGAAGAGCUGGGAGAUGGGUUGAGGGAGGGGAUGAAAGGACUAGAGGAAGAACUCGCAAGCUUUCCGAUGUUUAAAUCACCCGCACCGCUGGCUCAGUGUGAAGAAAGCUCAAUUUGAUGAGGUUAUUUAAACACUGUUGAAACAUUUUGCAUCUUCCAAAUAAACUGAAUACCAAUGGGACAAUGCAACAUGUGCACUGCCAAAUGCCUUUGAACGGGAGCUGUUGGAUGUAGAGGCUACAGAGAAUUACGAGAAAAAUAAGUUAAUGAUAAAGGAUGUGAGGGAGCUUUUAUGUAAGAGAGGAAAACGUAUUGCAGUGGGGCAGAAUACCUAUUGUGACUCCCUCAUAUUGCUGAGAGCCACAACUAAACGAAUGCAUUGGAAGUAAAUUUACAAUGUAAAUAAAAGCAGUUGGAAUUGGACUUUUAAAUUGAAAAUUAGUGAGAUAUUGAUUUAUUCCAAUGUUUGAAGAAAACAUGGAUAAAAUGUCUUUAUGAGUCGACGUGGAAAAGCCAUAUUUCUUCUCAACUUGUGUUGUUGUUUGAUCUGUCGUUCACUUCUUUUGAUGGUACUGCAAAAGAAAAGUGAAUUUUCUCUCUGCACCUUUUGCUGUUUCACACUCUGCAAAUCCACUGCAAUCUUAAAUCUUCAUGUUUCUGACCGCCCAAAGGACCACUGAAACCAUAGACUGCUCGGAGAGUGACAUCGCUGUCAUUUCCUGCAGAGCCUUCAGUCCCCUGAACAGGUCUGUACCCGUCUCCACUGCAGCAGUUUGAAUGGUUGGUGAGGUAUAGAUAAUCUCUCCGAAUGUCUCAGCGGGGAAAUCUGAAGGUGCACAAGAUGCAAGAAGCCAGUGUUCUGAGUCCCCAUUGCUGAAACGGGCGAAAAACAUCUGUUGAAUUAAUUAUGUGAAAUUAAUCCAGUAUCGUGGAAAGGAACUUUUCACAAUCAAAACCACCAUCACCUCAUUUUGUCAUUUUCUGUCAUGCUCUUUUGUAAUAAAACAUUACAAA